GAGGCGAGGGGACAAAGAAGCGUGGAUGGUUGACAAAUUGGUGGUCGGGCAUGUAUAUUAUCAAGAAUAUAUACGGAAUGGUCGAGCUCUUUUCUGUUUCUUAUGUUUGUCUCUUAUAUAAUUAAUAUCAAGAAUAAUAAUACUAUAGCAAUAUGCCGACAUAUCUAAUCCUCAAUUCCGACCAAGCUCUCCCCAAAUCCCUCUACGAAACCCUCCUCCGCCGCGCAAACACCACCCUCCUCGCAGCAACCCGCUACCUAACGCCCGAAGUCUCAAGCUCCUUCUUCCACCUCCCGAAACAUGACUCAUCGCUUGUGAUCCCUGUUAAGAUUGAUUUGCUUUUGCGGUAUGAUGCGGCGGGGGCUGUGAGGGGGUUUCUUUUUGCGGGGGUUACACAUGUUGAUGCGGUUGUGUUGCAGGGGGGGAGGGGUGUUUGGAGGGGUGGGAGUUGUGGGAGUUGUGGCAAUGGGGUUAGUGGGGGUGUUAAUGGAGAUGUGGGAAAGGAAGGGGAGUAUGAGGAGGGAUUAAGGAGGUUGUUUAGGCAGGUUAGGAUGUUUUUGGAGCGGUCGAGGGUUGUGCUUUUGGGGUCGGGGACGGAUGUGCCGGGGGUGAGGGACGUGGUGAUGACGGAGGUUGGGGAUGUUGCUUCUUUUAUUCAUGCCAGUGACAUCCCGGAUGGAGAUGGACCAGAAUCAGCGACGGACAAGGUACUUCAAUUGAUAGAUGGAUCAUAACGAACAAGGAUGGUAAUCCGCAGGAAACCGGAAAUGAUGAAUGCAUCGAGGGUUGGGAUUUCUUUGUUUGUUGCAUUUAUACAUUGUUUUGUUAGGAAUUUUUGGGC